AUGUGUCGGCUGUAUUUAUACACGACCUUGCAGAUCACCAAGAUCCUGGAGGUGGUCCACCACCCCAACCCCUUUGAUUCUAUCCCCGGCAAAGACUCGGCCAACAAGAAGCUCAACGCGCUGUUGGACAAGGAGCCACGCUGGCUCAAACCCAAGAACGAAGAGGAUAUGUUCCGACGGUGCGAACAGCUUGAUCGGUCACCCGUACGGGCAACAAUCGCCUCCACCUCAUACGUUCGAAACCAGUCCUAUUCUGCGCCGCCACUCUACACACAAGGAAACGUGACACCAAUCAAAUACGAGGGAAACCCACAGUCAGCGACCCUGGAGGUGCCUCCGUGGCAACACUCGCCUCUGGUUCAAUCCUCUCGCAUCGAGCAGACUCCCUUUGAAGGUAUUCAUCAACGAUCGGCCUCGGACGACGUGUUUGGACCGAGUCUGACCGCAAAGCUGGCACGUGUAUCACCGGCAGCAUCGACGUCUACCGAUCACACAACAGGCAGUCUCCACCGGCUACUAGAGGGCUACUCUGAAGCUUACGUGCGGACUGUCAGGCGGCUUAUUCGACAAUACACGGCGCCCAUGAGCGACCGCGGCUCAAGCGCCUCGCCUCGGUCGGAUGUUUACACGAAUGACCAGUCCUGGUUCAAUGACGUCGAUGCAGCUCACUCAUACAGCCACCGUCCGUAUCCCCUGCCUGGCGAUUUUCUCAGCAUGGAUAUCCAUCUACGGCGGCAGCAUCCUUGCUUUCCUCAGUCAGAAGAGCACCAGAAGCGUUGGUGCAUGUGUCAUCUGCUCAUUGACGCCCCUCACUCGGUUUGGGUCUGUGCCGACCGUCUGACGGAUGAUACGCACCAGCUCGUGACAUAUGGGCCAGCCAUCGGUCACUUGGGGAUGCGAGAUCAGUUUGGCAAUACCAUGCUGCACGCACUCGCAGCCCGCGGGCCUCCGUCUUUGCUUUUGCAAACCUUGCACAAUGACUCCUGGGGGUCGAUGGUUAAUGUCAGGAAUACGGCCGGCCAGACGUUCCUCCACGUCCUUGGCGACAUGUGGUUUCACCAAGCCGACAUGAUUGAGGGACUUCUGGGGAUGGUUGAGGCUCUCAGAGACCGACAUGGCUUUGAGGCGCUCGCACGCGACCAUUACGGAAGGACGUUUUUACAUGCUUGGAUGGCUUCCGAAACCCUGACACCCUCCUCCAUCGAGUCGGUACAUCGACAUAGCUCCUUGACCCUGAGUGCACGUGAUGCCUUCGGCGUCAAGCCGGCCUUGAACCCAACAGGUAUGGACCUGGAUCUCCCGGCCCUGUCCGGCUCGCCCAGCGCAGACGAUCCAGCCGCCGUUCGCGACAGUGAAUACCUGCAAAUUGCUCGAUGCGCUUUGCAAGAGCCGGCACUGGAAGAUGCUGAUGGUCGGAAUGGACUGCAUUGUUUGGCAAUGGCAUCUUUGAGCGUGCAGAGCUUCAUGAACAAGGCCAGCAUGACGCCGACAUUGCAAGGACGACAACGGAAGAGGGGCAAGACGGCGGACGAGAUGCUGGACUGUUCGGAAGAGCGGUUGCAGCUGCGUCUUUCGCUUGCCGAGGGCUUACUAAAUGCUGGCGUUGACCCCAACCACUACGACUCGUACGGCAACACGCCUCUGAUGGCCUUUUGCGCUGAGCUGCCCGAGGACGACGACUACAAGACCGGCCCCGCCAUCAUUAGGGCUCUCCUCGAGCGGGGUGCCAACAUCAACGCCCGCAAUCGAGCCGGCGAGACAGCUCUACACGUUGCGGUGCGAUGUGGGCGGAAGCUGGCGGUCAAGACACUGAUUGAGGAGAAGGCCAACGUACACGUCCGGGACGCCGCCGGUAGGGGCGUCCUCGCCCUGGCUGAUGCCAAGGUAAGGACGUGUACGGACUACUCGCCGGUCGCGUACUGUCAUUACGAGGCUUGCCGCGCGCAUCUGAGUGGGAAGGGCUUUGCGGUGCAGGAACCGACGGUGUUGCAAGAGUGGGGUGCCGGAAAGGGGCUGUGA